AUGCAGAGAGUCCAGGAGGAGAAUCCGCAGAAAGGAUCGGUAUGUAGCUUUGCCUUAAUCUCUUUACAGAGUUAAUAGAAAAAAAACUAGAAAAAGCCAAGAAAACGGACACUGGUAAGCGUUUCAAUACCCUGCGAGCAGAGGCUACAUUUUCGCGGUAUGAGCUGGCGUGCGAAAAGUAGCCUCUGCCGACAACCGUUCAAAUCCGUCCAGAAAUCUGGACGAAUAAAUUAAAAAAAAACGGGUUUUUUCUUGUUCUUGACCGGUUUAGAGCAUUGCGUGAGUCUUGCGUCAGCGAAUGAACGCUGACCAUUACUGCGCCUUCAUGCAUUCCUUCGCGCCAAAUUCUCGCAUACGAACGCGGAUCAACGUAGCUCGAACGUAGCAACAGGAAAAGUUCAAAACAACUUCAAACAUCCCUGUUUAUGUGUUUAAAAGAGCGUCGUCAACAACUUGAAUAAGCUCUGUAUUUUAAAGCUGUCGGAAUACCAAAACAAGCUGCUGCCGGUGCUUCUUACGGGACCGUGUAAAGAUCGUUAAUUUAUCAUUAUGGUAGUUCUUGUUUGCCAGGAAAAGAAAAUGGAUACUGCGGUGAUUUUUGUUGUGUCGCCUCUCAAUGCAAGGCUAAAUGCACUGUUUUAAGACACAAAUGGGAACCGGAAUGUUCAAAAGAAUCAUCGAUCAGUUUUCUUUUGGUGGAAAAAGUAGAAAAAAAGCUUUUGGCUGAACACUGAUUCGCCCUCAAGGACUUCAACCUGGUUGGUUUCUUCACGGUGGAAAGCUUCUCCUGUUCUGAAAGAAACCAAGGCGGCAAAGUUUUUAAAGAAUUUUCAGGUACAACUUGCACAUCAAUGGUCAAGGAAGUUCCGUUUUUAAAUGGAAAUUUAAGUAUUUAUAGUUGUUUCAUAGAUGUUUUAUACGACUUGAGACGGAUUUUGGCGUUGACAUUUGAUGUCUUCGGCAGCUUUUACUUGCGUGAAAUGAUCCACAAUCCAGUUAGUAUUAUGCGAAUUGCUUUUAAGGAUAAAAUUAUGGGUUGUCGAAUAAAAUUUUUCGAUAAAUAAUUUUUUUGACUACUGUUUUGUCUAUGUUCAUUCAUAACAUUAGUUUAAAACACAAUCGUGAGACUACAGCAUCCAAUUUAUUUCAAACAUCACUUCUGCGUAGCGUUGUCGGCGAAUUUCAUUUUUCACUUUGAGCACAACUAUAAAUAGGUAAUAUUAAAGCCGGAAAAAUGUGCUUCUCGCAAAAUAGACAGAACUUACUACAGUUGAUAGCAUAAAAAUACUUUCCUAAAAAAGACGAUCCGUGGAAAUUUUGCGGCUAAAAUAGUUAAAACCAGAAGGGGCGAAGCAGAAAAACAAAACAGAAGCUCGAGGAGAGUAGUUCGCAGGUAGUUUUCCCGCGAAACUCACGCAGAUUUGACGAACCAGUUGCUUGCGAAUCGCGUGACGAAUUUUGCGCAUGCACGAUAGAAAAUUGAACGGUUGUCGGCAGAGGCUACUUUUCGCACGCCAGCUCAUACCGCCAAAAUGUAGCCUCUGCUCGCAGGGUAGCGUUUCAAUGGUGUAACAUUGAAAAUGUGUUUCCUCGGGCGUCCGCAUCUUAAAAAAUGAGGUGGGGAAAAAACUUCUAAGGAUAUAAAAAAUUGCUGGAUUUUCAUGCGAUGUAUAUCAUCAUCCUUCUCACACUUUUACAAUAUAAAAAGAGACUUCUUUAAAGAUACAUUUUUUUCGGUUUUCCUUUUUGUGUAGUUCAAUAAAGACACCAAAGUUCAAGAACGACCAUAUAGUACACGAGUUCAGAAAAUGACACGAGUAUCAAUGUAUGUUUAUUAGGUAAUGUCAAGGCAGGGGAUCUACUGGGAGUGGGAGUGCAGGGGCAUCAGUUUAAUUUUCAAUCAUUGAUGCUUUUUAACUUACUUGGACUCCAUGCUAUUGUCAGUUACAUCAAGUGACACUGUCCAGUUCCAACAAUCUUCGGGGCCUGCUCGUACAGUUUUAUCACCCAGCUUGUACAGUUUUAUCUCCCAGCUGAUGUAGCUUUGUGGUAAUUUCUCAGUAGGCAUAACUUAAUAAAGACCCAAUCAUUCCAUGACUAUAGGUGGUCCAUUAUAAUAGCUCUAAAGCCCCUCUUUAAAAUUUGCUGUUGUACUGCCUCUGCUGAUAUAUUUCACAUAGCCUUGCCUUUUAGCUAUUGGUUUAAGAUUAGAAAUCAGUCUUUGGAUUAUCCUGAUAGGUUGCUUGAAGUUACAAAAAUUUAUAAUUCAAGGGAGAUAUAUUUUUUUACCAUUGCUUUGGGGGGAGGGGGUGGUGUUUGUGGUUUACCUCACCUAUAUUAAUGUGAGGUUUAGGGAGUAGGUGAGGAAAACCAUUAUAACAUCUGAUUUAAGAGAUGCUUAACAAAUAAUUAGGGAUUUUAAGUGAUAAUAUUGCCUUUAUUUAUUUUGUUUUGACUUUUGUCUAUAUAAAUAAUCUCUUUUUAUCUGACUGACUUUAUAAUUAGGUGCUUCCUUAGUUGGGAAUACUCUGUAGAUGAUGAGAAAAAACAAGCAGUGUAUGAUGGAGGAGGUGCUGCUUACUGGAUGUCUGUAAAGAUCUAG